GGAGUUAAGAUUUUAAAAAAGUUAAAAGUAAUUUACAUAUACAAUUCAACUACGAAACUGAUUAUAGACAAACAAUAUUAAUGUUUCAAAAUCAUGACUGAUGGAAAUAAAUCUCUAAGAAUUGACUGGUUUGAUGGAACCGUUAUAGAAGAGACGAGGCCAAGUUCCUCGCAAUUCGCUGAUGAAGAAGUUGCCAUUGCCAAACCUCAGAAAGCUUUAGAUAUUGAAAGGAAACCUAUUGGGUUCAAACGGCUUCUUGACAUUUCCUUUAUGAAACCGCCUUCUCUCAACAUAGAAUUAGCCAAUAGGCCUGGGUUUUGGCUUUUGUUUAAUAGCGAAUUAAAGGACGAUUAUAUUGUUUUGAUUGUGAAAAUAUUAGCAGUUUUAUAUAAAUCAUUGGACCGCGGUGAAAAAAGUAAAGUUAGUUUUUUGCUAAAAACUAAGUUUCUUGAGUCAACAUUCUUGGAACAGCUUCAGGAUUACUUAGCUAAGAUACCUUUAGUGAGAAUAGUUGAAAAACGUAUAAAUAUGCAGUUUUGGGAUGAUGUUGAAUCAUUUUACAAUAAUGUUUAUGAGUUAUUUCAAGGUAUCUUUAACUAUAGAGAUUAUUCAAAGGGGUUCUUAAGUCUAUUGAAUGAUUUAGUUGAAACUGCGGAAUUAAGUGCUAUAGGAGCCCAAGAAGAACACAGUGAAAGAAUUGGUCAAAAUUAUUAUACAAAGAUAUCUGGAUUGAAAGAACAAAUUUUACUAUCAAUAUCUCAGAGUGAUGAAACAAUUAUCAUACAAAAUAAAAAGCAUGACUUAAAUAGUUUUAGAAACAUCCCAAUCUUUCCCACAAAGGAGGACCUGCUUGGUGAUCCUUUAGUGAAUAUUCAGCCAAAUAUAAUUCAUGGUGCUUAUUCAAAUGUGGAACACUAUUUAGAUGUUCAGUUCAGGCUGUUGAGAGAAGAUUGCUUUGGGCCACUCAGAGAUGGAAUAUCAAAAUAUUUACAAAAUCCAAACAAAAGAAGACAUGAAAACAUAAGAGUGUAUCCAAAAGUAAGAAUAAUAUCCACAUAUCUAAGUGCAAACAAAGUGGGCUACUUAGUAGAUAUUGCUUGGAAUGAACGGAAUAGUCGGAAAUCCGUUGAUUGUACAAAAUAUGGAUUCAAUAAGCAACUUAUGUUUGGAUCAUUGUUACUCUUUACAAGUGACAACUUCAAUAAUAUACUAUGUGCGUCUGUUUUGGAUGUUAAUCCUGGAUUACUAUGCGAAGGUUAUAUUGCAGUUGCAUUUGAUAGACCACUUUCACGAAAUAUAUUCUCUCAGAAAUUCCUAAUGGUUGAAAGUGAGGUGUUUUUUGAGCCAUACCACAGGGUCCUUAAAGUCUUGCAGAACUGCAAACCAGAUAAGUUGCCUAUGAAGAAUUAUAUUGUGGAUGUUCAGGCAAACACAAACACGCCUGCUUACUUAACCUCAGACACGAUUUACAGUAUUCAAAGUAAAAAUGGUGAAAUAUACUUUCCCGUGUUAGAUAACUCACAAUGGCCCACUUCAGAUGCAUUUGACUUAGACCAGUCCCAAAUGGAGGCAUACAAUUUCGCUCUAACAAAAGAAUUCGCAGUAAUACAAGGCCCUCCUGGUACGGGCAAAACGUUCCUAGGAGUCAAAAUCGCUUCCAUUAUUCUAAAGAACUUGUCCCUAGACGGUACACCAAUGCUAAUAAUUUGUUACACGAACCACGCCUUGGAUCAGUUUUUAGAAGGAAUUUUGAACAUAACAGAUAAUAUCGUGAGACUUGGCAGUCAAAGUAAAAGCAAAAUACUGGAAUCGUAUACGUUACACAAUUUGAGAUCGAAGAGAAAGUCGAAAUAUGGAUAUCUAUACGCCAGUAAGCGGUCGGAAAUGGAAAAAGUAUUUGAUAAAAUGAUGGAAAUUCAAACUGAUAUUGACAAGUGCGGAAAGGAACUACUGUGCUAUGCGGCGAUUAAGCCAUUUUUGAAUUUGGAACUGAAAAGUUGCGAUGAAGAUCCAGUACUAGCGUGGCUGUUCGGAAAUGAAAAACUUGCAGUUGACGAAGUUGAUGAUUGGGAAAAAGAGUGUGAAGAAGAAGUUUUAGGAACGGAGAAAGUUGAAACGUGUUUUUCAGAAGAUUGGGCUUUGAAAGAAAUUGAUUCAAUGAAAAAUAGUAUUAAAUAUGUCGAAGAUAUUACGGAUGUGAGUAUGGACAGUCGGAAAAUGAUAGAGAAAUUCCAACUCCAGAUUGAGAAGAUACAUCAGCGGCUGGAUUGUUUUAAGAAAUAUAUGAAACUACAAAAUGAGGGUAGGAAAAUCAAAUUUGAAUCAAUAAAGGAUUUAUAUAGUUUGGCGAUUGAUGAGAGAUGGGAUGUGUAUUUCUACGUAGUGGACCUUCUUAAAAACGAAUUAAUUAAGAAAAUGGAAGAGUUAUUGGAGCAGCACAACGGUCUAGCGACUGAAUUGGAAGAAAUAUCGACACUUAUCGACGGCGAUGUUAUGAAGACGGUCCGCGUGGUUGGAGUCACCACCACAUUUGCGGCUAGACGACAUAACCUGAUGCGAAAGUUGCUUUCGCCAAUUGUUAUUGUUGAAGAGGCAGCCGAAGUGUUAGAAGCUCACAUUGUUGCUUCAUUGACUACGAGAUGCCAACAUCUCAUACUUAUUGGUGAUCACAAACAACUUCGCCCAUCCACUGCGCACUACAAGUUGGCUAAAUUCUAUAAUUUCGAAAUCUCACUCUUUGAACGAAUGAUAAAGAACACAGUACACUCAAAAACAUUGACCACUCAACGGCGAAUGUGUCCGAAAUUUGUGGAACUUUUGGUACCGACUAUUUAUGACAAGCUUGAUAGUCACUCUAGUGUUUAUGGUUACAACAACGUACGAGGAAUGAAGGAUAAUCUAUACUUCUUUAGCCAUAGUGUGUAUGAGGAUUCCGAGGGCUUAGAAGACACUUGGAGCAACAAAAAUACAUUCGAAGCCCAAUGGAGUGUAGCGCUUGCUAAUUAUUUAAGAAUUAUGAAUUAUUCAGCUGAAGAUAUCACAAUUUUAAGCACAUAUACUGGUCAGGCUGCGCUUAUAAAUGAGCUAAGCAAAAAGUAUCAACUCCUACGCGAUGUAAGGAUCACAGUAGUAGACAACUACCAAGGGGAAGAGAGCAGGAUAGUGAUAUUGUCUUUAGUUAGGAGCAACAGAGAUGGCAAUAUAGGCUUUCUUUCGGCGGCAAAUAGGAUCUGUGUAGCUUUGUCUAGGGCUAAAGAAGGUUUUUACAUAUUCGGUAACAUAAACAUACUUGGCACAGCGUCGUCAAUAUGGCAAGAAAUUCAUAAGAAAUUGGUUUCUCUGAAUGCUGUUGGACAAGCUUUUGAGGUGCAAUGCUCAAGACAUGGCCGAAUUUGUAAGAUUGAAACGCCGCAAGCAUUCAACGAUUGUGUAAAGGAGCGUGUUUUAAAAAAUUGUCCCUAAAUAAAUAUAUUAAAGUUGAG